AUGGAACCGUUGACCGUGGAAAAAUGGGGAUGGUGGAUCAAACAGAUUCUAACGCCAAUUGUGGUAGUGAUAGGUCUAACUGGAAACUGCUUAUCUUUCAUUGUGAUGAAGACUAAAUCUUGGCGACAUAAAUCAUACAGUCAUUAUUUAUGUGCAUUAGCAUUUUUUGAUUCUUUAACGUUGAUAAAUCGAGAGGUCAAACUGAUUGAUGGAAUGAAGAUUUAUGCCAACGAACAAAGUUUGUUUUCCAAUUUCGGAGACGUGGCCUGCUCAAUGUAUAAUUUUUAUGUUCACCUGUGUUACCUUAUGUCGUCUUGGUUAAUUGUGGCGAUGGCAAUGGAGCGAUUCGUAGCAGUUUAUUUUCCCCUUAAGAAAGCAUAUUUUUGUACACAAACAGGAGCUGCCAUAGUGAUCUGCACAUUAACAAUG